AUGGAAGAUCAUCAAAUGUUGGCUGCUCAAACGUCAACUGUCCAGGAGUACCAAACUGCUGGUUAUGGAGAGUUCACGACGGUUUCUGAUCCUGGUGCUGUCAAUACUGUGGAAUCGGUGACCUCUGGAUCUAGUGCAGAUGCAGCACAUUCUACACCUACAGAUGGAAAUGCUACUGAUAGUUCGGCCUACGAUAACAAGUUGCCUUCCGGGUUGACGUCCACGAAUGCCAACGAGGAGACUGCUGUAAGCGAAUCAAGUCAUGCUAUUGGUUACGAUUCCAUAAAUGGAGGUGUAACACAAACCUCAAGCUAUGUAACAUUAGGAGUUGGUGAAAAUGGAGGUGCAUCAAAUGAGACUGAAAGUGCUGUAAUGGAGCAGCGAUUUGGUGGAGAAGCUGGUAGGUCAUUCACUUAAAUUUUCAGCAAUUGGUUUCUAGUUUCCACCUGUUUGUGAAAAUUCCAUGUUAUUUUUUCACUUAGUGGAUUCCUCUACAUCUCUUUUAGUUUUGAAUUGGUUUCGAACUAGCCCUCUUAUUAUUAUUAGGGAAAUUCUCACUUUUGAGAGCUGUACAUUGAGGUGCUAAUUUAUCUUCUAUUUGUACCCUUUUUCCGUUCAGGAAUCUUUACGGAGGAAGAUAGAUUAUGGAGCAUAGUGAGGGCCAAUAGUCUAGACUUUAAUGCGUGGACAGCCCUAAUUCAAGAAACCGAGAAAGAGGUGCGUCAUCAACCAUCUUUCUUUCACGAUGUUCUUCCAACCUUAAAAUAUUCCUACCAUUGCGAUUUUGCCGUGGCCUUUCGGAUGGUUCCCCUGUGAUGUCACAUUUCUGAAUCUUCAUUUCUGUUCUAGUAUAUAUGUCUGAGUUCAAGAGUUCACAGUUUCAGUGACGAUAUUACUAGAUUUUUAUUGGAUUUUGAGUUAUCCAUAGAAUCAAGCAGGACACAGUCUUUCCUUUUCUUCAAUAACAUUUGAGGCUUCUGGGGGACGUAUCAAGAUUUCUUUAUUUUUUGACUGGAAGAAUGCGUAAAAAUGAUUUGAUCCAGAAUUACUGUAAGUUAAUUAUUACAAAGAAUUGAAGUAUAACUCUUUUUUUUACUUUUUGCAGAAUAAUAUCCUGAAAAUACGAGGAGUCUAUGAUGCAUUUUUGUCUGAAUUUCCCUUGUGUUAUGGAUAUUGGAAAAAGUAUGCUGACCAUGAGGGUCGCCUGGGCACUGUUGAUAAAGUUGUGGAGGUGUACGAGCGGGCUGUUUUGGCAGUGACAUAUUCCGUUGACAUAUGGUUGCAUUAUUGUGAAUUUGCAAUCCCAACGUAUGAUGAUCCUGACACCAUCCGAAGGUGAUAUUUUCUUUAAGUCCCUCUCUGCUGCAUUUAUCUGAUUUUGUGUUUUGUUUGACUUCUUGGGCAGUAACAGUCUAGUUAUUCUCUCUUCUAACCUUAUUUCAGUGUGGCCACAACAGUGACAUGUGACAUUUAUGGCGGAAAGGUUUGCCGGGAUUGCAUAUAGAAAAUGCAUCUAUUACAUACAAACCCCACCAUUUUAUCUUUUACUUUUACUUGUGUUCCUUAUUUUCUACGGAACUGCCUCGUGUAUUAGUUAUAUAGCUGUCGUGACCAACCUUUAUGUUAUAUAUAAUACACACACACACACACACUGUCAAGGCUUCAUGGGUGCACUGAUUUGCAAAAUGCUUCUUGAGGAAGAUCAAGCCCAGUUAGAGGCUAAGGCCUCUUUGCUCACCUCCGUUUCAUGGACAUGGUAAUCGUUUUUGCAGGAAGGUAAAUUUAGUAUAUUUAUGUAUAAUUUUGAAGUGUCAUGUGAUGUUUGCGUGUGAUUUCCCCUUCAGAUAGAAACCCAUUAAUGGAGGAUUUAUAGUGAUUCUAUGGUUAUCCGAGCAUUUGUUAUAACAUGGUUACAUUUUUGUGGUGUUUCAGGCUCUUUGAACGUGGGCUAGCAUAUGUUGGAACUGACUACUUAUCCUCUCCUCUUUGGGACGAAUACAUAAAGUAUGAGUAUUCACAGCAGGCAUGGAGUCAUGUUGCCAUGAUCUAUACUAGGAUCUUUGAGAAUCCUAUCCAGCACUUAGAUCGUUAUUUUAAUAGGUAUUACUAUUUUCAUGGUUGGCUAUUAUUCAUUUCUUCUGCCAUAUGAAACCUUGACUUAUUCUUGUUUAUGUGAUUGUUACCUCCUCUCAGGAUUUGUUUUCUUUGUGUAAGACUUUUUAUGUAGGAAUGCUUGAUGCUGUGGAUUUUAUGACUAUAGUUCACUAAAUCAACUGAAAUAAAUCAAUUGCCAAUCUUUGGAGAUGUGGGAAAACAAAGCUUUUGGGAGGGACUUUUUCUCUCUGAUGUUCACAUCUUACGGAACGACUUCCAGAUACUAUUCAAACAAUAUAAUGGAGCGUUUAAAAUAAAGACAGCAAGUAUUAGACAUCAGUUGACUUGUGAGAGAAGAAGAAAAGAUAAAUGAAGAAGAGAAAUAAGGGGAGCGGGGAAGUGAUGGAAAAACAAUGAGAGAAUGGUAGCAGCAUGGUAACCACACAAAGCAAUCUAUUGCCCAACCGGUCACAUCAUUCGAAGAGGAAGAAACUGAUUAACAAACAACGAGGAAAAGGAUGCAACAGUGUCUACAACGGUUGGUGGUUACCAUGGGGAGAAAAGGGUCCGAAAUAUGUGUUUCAUGAAUAGGAAGCAGAAGGCCAUUUUGGACAAGGAAAAUACAAGAUUAUUAUUUUAUUUGUCAACCGGAGUUGUUGCGCUUCUUCCCUGCAAAGUUGAUCGUUUCCCCAUGUUUUUGCUGAGCAUAAUGUAGGACGAUAAAGAUUUGAAAUGCUAGCAGGUUUGAUUCUCUCCAUGAGAUUAAAAGGUGUUGUGUAUGACCUGCAGGAAGCAUAACACACGAAGAAAAUAUUUAAUAGACUGUAAAGUUGCACUUUUGGUAGAAACUUCUUGAAAAUGCAGGAGUCCUCUCUCAUUGUAGAAAUAAAAUUCUAAACUUUGAUGUCCGAGAAAUUCCAUAGGAAAUCGUGCCUACCUGACCUAAUUGAACUUGUAACCUAAUCCUUGAAUACUUGCAAUCCAUAUAUUUAGAAUCAUUGAUGCAACGUUUUUUGCACAACAAUUUUUUAUCCAAAUUGGAAAAAGUCGAAAAAGCUGCUUUCCAUGUUCCCUACUUUUAUGUUUCUACUCUUUUGUUAGUAGUCGAAAAAGACACCUCUUUUUCCUAUUUUAUACAAUCUUUUCUUCGGUGUAGUUUGACAAUAUGAUUAUUGAGUAAUUCCAAAUUUUCUUUCUGGUUUAGAGUUGUGAUCAUGUAUUCUGCAUUUAUUCUUCUGUCAUAUAUGUACUAUAAUUAUUUAUUGUGGUUAUUCGAAAUUAUUUUUCUUGAUGUAAGUGUUCAUUAUGUGACUGAUUCUUUGUUAUCAAAUCAAAAUUUGUGAUGCUUUGUAAUUGAGAUCAUGCUUUUUUAAAAGAUUUUAUUGAUGCUAUAUAUUGGUUAGAGGAGAAAAUUGCAUUUUCUUUUAGUAGCUAAUAUUUACAGUUUGAUUUUCUUGGUUUAUCAGCUUUAAGGAACUGGCAGCAGCUCGACCUCUAUUGGAAAUACGGACUGCUGAAGAGGCAGAUAUGGUGACUGCAAGCACAGUAACCACAGAUGGAGUUGAGGGCGAGGUUCACCCCGAUUCUGUGGAACAGUCUACUAAACCCGUAAGUGCAGGCUUAUCAGAAGCAGAGGAGUUGGAGAAGUAUAUCGCAAUUAGAGAAGAGAUGUAUAAGAAAGCUAAAGAGUUCGAAUCUAAGAUCAUUGGUUUUGAAACAGCUAUUAGGAGGCCAUAUUUUCAUGUACGGCCUCUUGAUGAUCCUGAGCUUGAAAACUGGCACAGCUAUCUUGACUUUAUUGAAAGAGGGGAUGACUUCAAUAAGGUAUGUCAGUUUUCGUCGUGCAUAUUCUGAUUUUCACUUCUCUUCGUUCUGUGAUGGGACAUGGCUUGAGCAUUCAUGCAUAAAUGUUUCAAUAAGUGUUAUUGGCUGCAUUAUAUUCUUUAUUGGCUAAAGUGUGUUCGGUGAAGCUACAUUUAAAAAAGGGAAUAUGAACUGAGGCUAAGGCAUGGACUUUCGUUUGGUUUCCAUGAGGCUAAGUACUUCAAACCCUCAUUUGUCUGUGGACAUUCUGGGUGCACAAUCUGUCUUGUGUAGCAAUUAUGAUCUUUAAAAUUCCCAUCUGAUACAUGCAGGUGUCUUCUUAGUGCUCACCCGCAUAACCAUCUAUCUAUCAGGCAAGGAGGUUCCCUCGUUUGUAAUGAGGGGCCUCCCUGAUCAGCCAAUGGAGUACUCCUUGUGCACUCUUUAUUGCUAUAUUUUAUCCAUUUCUCUUUCCGUCCAUUUAUUAGUCGGAAAAUCACAUAAUGUGACAAACGUUAUUGCAGGUUGUCAAAUUGUAUGAACGAUGUCUGAUUGCUUGUGCUAAUUAUCCCGAGUACUGGACGCGUUAUGUUUUAUGCAUGGAAGCCAGUGGAAGCUUGGAGCUUGCAAACAAUGCCCUUGCUCGUGCCACACAAGUCUUUGUCAAGGUAUUUUUCAAUUUUUUAAAUAUGAAGGUGUGUUAACUAAUUCGACUCGGGAACUUAAUUCAGUGAUGGCGUGUCAGAAGACUGCUUUAUGAUUUUUAAUUCAAUGUUUACCGUAUGAAAAUGCUAAAGAUAGCACUCUUGCACUAUUCGUCAAAAUACAGACUGUAAGGACCGGAGUUUCUGGAUUUCUCAUCUUGCACGAAAACAUGUAGACCAGUUUAUGGAAGAAUUAUUUUUGUAUUUUUCUCUUCCUUUUAUAUCUGGUUUGUAUCGGGCAGUGGUUAAAAGCUGCGGUCGUCUUUGCCUUGCCUCCUCCCUCACAGGAGUGAUUGGGUUUUAAAAAAUGAUAGGCCAAUUAACUAAGACUUUGUUUGUUACCUGCAGCUCUAUCACCAUUCCUCUCCAUUUAAACAGAAAAAUUUCGUGGUUAUAAUUCUUAGCUGCCUUGUAUUGCAUAGUUUCUAGUAAUCGUACCAGACAGGGAUAAAGGAUAGUGGGAUUUCUAGUGAUAACCUAUCUGUGCAUAUUUAUCGCUGUUAUUCUUUUACAAUAAUUCUUGUGGCAUAGAUUUUAGAUUUUAGAUUUCAAUUUUUUCCACUUCCCGGUGCGACAUUCACUACGAUCUUCAAUUUAUGCAGCUUUAUAUGAUUUCAUACUCUAUCUAUCCUCACGGUUGCAAUGAUUUUCUCCAGAAACGACCAGAAAUCCACCUUUUUGCCGCGAGAUUCAAGGAAAAUAACGCGGAUGUUUCAGGAGCUCGUGCAGAGUUUCAGCUCUUGCACUCCGAGAUUUCACCUGGUUUUCUUGAAGCUAUAGUGAAGCAUGCGAAUAUGGAGCACCGUCUGGUAAGAUAAUGUGAAAUGUGUAAAUGCUUCUGAUUUAGUAUUCUUUCUAACAAUCAUUUCUUUGUCCUCCUGUAGGGAAACAAGGAAGCCGCGCUCUCCAUUUAUGAAGAGGCCAUUGCUGCUGAGCGGGGGAAAGAACUGUCCCAAGUGUUGCCUAUGCUGUUAGUUCAGUAUUCACGAUAUUUAUACUUGGUAAGAUGGUCCUUUCGUGAAAUAAAUCUGAGUCGAAGAUCUGUGUAAUAAAUUAUGACUGCUGAGUUGGCUAUCCGUCGAGAUUUUCAUCUGGUAACUCUGUUUUUCCAACAUCCAAAUAUUUUUAAAGUUGUCGAUCCUAUGGAGUUGGUUUUCCAUGGAGAGAAUGAAUCCCUUAUUCUCGGACUCAAGUAACAAACUAUGAUGACUGGUGUCGUGUAGAUCCCUGUGUGUGCAUAUGCUAGAGAAUGGAAUCUAUUCGAAAUAAACACAACCAAAACUACAUUCAUAAGAUUCUCUGCUAACCGAGUUAUCUGCCUGGUCUGAUCUCUUUACGUUUAUUUUCCCAUGAUCUUCCACUACUUUCUUUAUAUGGAUCAUAGAUUUUCUUUACUUGAUUUUCGAAAUAUUUUGCAGUGUAACACGUGAUUUUUGUUCAAUUAAUGCCUCACAUGUUGCGUCGGUCCAGCCCCUUGGUUUAUCGCCCCACAUUACUGGACAACUACCAUCCAUUCUCAUGGCCUACAAUGUUUGUUGAGAACCAAUGCCACCAUAAGCAUUUCUGUAAAAAUUGAAGUUUGUGGAGACCAGAUGCGGUCCAUUUUGCAUCUUUUUCCAACUUUGAACUGGUUACACCUCAUGCAUUCGUAUUGUUUAAACAAGCUUGUGGCUCUCGUUGUAAUCUCCAUGUUAUUGCAGGUUACUGGCAACCCUGACAAGGCGAAAGAAAUACUUUCCGGUGGUUUUGAACAGGUGCAGCUUUCGAAACCACUCGUUGAGGUGACCACUUUUCUAGUUCCAUGUUGCCAUUUUGAUCAUUUGAAGCAGUUCGUUAUUUUUCCCCAUUUGUGUGUGUAACAUAUCUCCGCAUUUUGCAGGCAAUAAUCCAUCUGGAGUCCCUCCUACCAUCACCAAAGCGAAUUGAAUAUGUAGAUUCGCUUGUUGAGAAAUUCAUUACUCCAAACCCUGACAACCCUACUGCGGCAAGCACUGCAGACAGAGAAGACUUGUCUAGCAUAUAUUUGGAGGUGAGUACAUUACUAAGAAUCCCAAAAUACCUGGUUUUUUCUCUUUGAAUUGUAUGUAGAUGCAGUUCUUUCUGUGCUCAUCGUUGGAGAACGGUAUGAUCCUAAGUCUAGGAAUCUCUGCCAGCCUAGACAAGGAGUAGGACUAGAACUGUGUGUGUGCACUGUGAACCCUAAGUGAGUGGUUGUGGUAUGCUUCAUACAUGAGAAACAACAGGAACGAUUGGGCGGGCCGCAAGAUAUGGUAGCACCUGAUAGUGAUGUAGUAAUCAGAGCACAUGAUCUCUCCUAGCACCGGUGAACUAUGGGCUGUGGGUGACAUGUUCAAUACUUGAUACGUAAAUCCGUGAACCCAUCUUGGCGUAGUAAUCAUAGUUCAAUACUAUGAACUAUGGGCCGCAAUAAGGGCAGGAUUCUUCUACAAAGACCAUUGCUGCUGGCAGCAAGGGAUGGACAAAAAUACUUGGUAUUUUAGCUUAGUUAUUUAUUUUAUUGCCUAGGUACCUUAAUUUCAUUGUUUAGAAUUGGCCAGUUAGCUUUAUUGAGUGGGAAUCUGUGUCAUAUUAUUAAAGAUUUCUCGUUAUUCCUUUUCCAACAUGCGCAGUAUUUCUGAUGGUGCUGAAACUUAUGUUAAUCUUACCUCGUUGAAGGUGAAAGGACUCUUUAAGAGCAUUAUGAAUGGUAUUAUUCAUGUGAAAAGGUUUCAAAACAUAGUAGAAGAAUGCACAAUCAAUGCCGCUCUUUCGACAUAUUUAUUAUUAUAUCCCCCCUCUUUCCAUGUUCAUCGUCCUGUAUAAACCUUUUGAUCCUGAACGGUGUGAUUCUUAUGCAUUCCCUGUUUUUUCCCUGCAGUUUUUAGAUCUCUUUGGGGACGCGCAGACGAUCAAGAAGGCAGAUACUCGACACUGCAUGCUGUUCUUGCGCCACAAAAGCUUUUCCAUCUCCAGGAAGAGGCAUGCGGAGGAUUACUUAGAUUCGGAGAAGGCAAAACUAGCGAAAACUUACAUGUCCUCGGCUCACUCCGUGAUGGGCGCCUACCCGAACGCCCAGGCCCAGUGGCCUGCUGGCUAUGGAACCAAGCCUUCUACUUGGCCACAGGCCCCUGCGGCACAGGGACAACAGUGGAAUCCUGCAUACGGACCGCAGGUCUGCCUCUGCCCUCUCGGAUUUAACCAUAUAUUAUAUGCCCUUGAUUCUUUAUAACCCUUGAAGUAAUUACGGCACAUUAUAAGGUUCUUAGCUUACAUUAUUCAGCACAUAAGGUUCUUAACAAACCAUAAUUGGUGGAGCAUCCAUUCCAGCCUCCUCCUUUGCUUCUGGAUUAUGUUGAGAGAGAGAUAGAGAGAGAGAGCUCCCCAUCCUGUGACAAAAAUAGGAGCCUAAUUGGUGUUCCUCUUCCCCUCAGGCUGCUGCUGCGUACAGUGGCUACGGAGGCUAUGGAAGCUUCACUCACCCUCAGGCUGCAACAUCUGCCCCGCAAACCACCGCGGCUGCCUACGGCGCCUACCCUUCUCCGUACCCUGCUCAGGUAUUUCCGAACUUCUUUUGUUCCUUCAACUAUCUCAAGAACAGUAGUGAGAGAGAGAGAAAGUAGAGAGAGAAAAGAAAGAGAGAGAGGGGGGGGGGGCUUGAGGAUGAUCUUUGACACCUUUUUAUAGCGCUACAUUUUUAAGCCAAGCAGAGUUUUAUAGUUUGAUCGGUUCUUCUGGUGGUAUGUUGGUCGAAGGCCUACGCGCAGCAGAGCUUCUCCCAGCCGGCGGCGGCGGCGGCGGCGGCGGCGGCUCCGCAGGGUUACUACAGCGGCUACUACUGA